AUGUCGCUCAAAUAUACCAACAAGCUCCAAGAUAAGCUUGUUGUCGUUGUCGGGGGUACUAGCGGCAUCGGGUUUGGCACCGCUGAAGCAGCCGUGGAGCAUGGUGCGACAGUGGUGGUGGCCAGUUCCAAGCAAGAAAAGGUCAGCCGCGCGGUCGACAGGAUCCAACAAGCAUAUCCAGACGCGGCCGGUCGGAUCCGGGGCAAGACCGUCGACUUGAGCUCGGACAGUGUCGAAGAACAGAUCGACGCCCUCUACGACUUUGCGACCGAGGCCGGCAAGCGGAAACUGGACCACAUCGUCGUGACCGCUGGCGAGGGCUUCGGAACGGUGCCCCUUGCGGAUGUCACACCCCAGGCCGUCGUGGAUCCGUACAAAGUCAGACUGGUGGGCUGCACCAUGCUUGCGAAGAUUGCGAUGCGGUAUCUCGACGUCAGCGCCGCUUCCUCGUUUACCUUGACGGGUGGCGUGAGCGAUGCAAAGCCCACGGUCGGGUGGACCGUCAUGGCGCCUGUGGGUGCGGCCGUGCGUGGACUGACGCAUGCGCUCGCCCACGAUAUGAAGCCCAUUAGAGUCAAUUGUGUGUGCCCCGGCGCUGUGAGGACCGAAAUGUUCGACGCCUUUACUGGAGGCAAGCUGCAGGAGGUGCUUGACAUGUACACGGCCAAGACAUUGACCGGCAGCAUUGGGACACCGGAUGAUCUGGCGCACUGCUACAUUUCCGUGAUGGAGAACAAGUUCAUGACGGGCCAGGAAAUCACCUGUGAUGGAGGAUAUCUUUUGUGUUGA